AUGCCCAAAGACAACGCACCCUCUGAUGCCGAUGUCGUCUUCAAUCGUGCAAACGUCGCUCUUGCCAACAGCCAGCGCUUAGUCCAGUCAUGGCUCCCCACAAAGACUAGGCAGGAAACGCAACCCCAAAAGACUCAUCAAGAGCUGUUGAAGGAAGACGAGGAGCUGUUCAAACCCACGCCAGAGCUCCUUGGACUCGGCGCAACCGCCCCCGACGCCCAUCAGGACCCGCUACUCAAGCAGCGACAUGGUGCAAACUACGACAGGCUACUGGAGCAGUUGCUGGGUAAGAAAGCCGCUAGAGGCCACAGAGCCACGUCCAAGCCUCAGCCUGGUCAGAAGACACCUGCCUCGCAGAAGUCUACGUUAGAUCAGCCCGCCGUCGACGACGACCAUGACGACGACGACGAAGGACGAGCAGCCAUGGUUGCCUCUAAUUCGGCUCUGAAGAGAAAGGGCCCGUCUCAAUCGUCCGCUCGCAAGUCUGGUACUACGUCUCAGAAACAAGAUGAGACCGAGCCAUUAUCAGAUGAUGACGACGAUCCAAGGCCAAGCAAGAAGAGAUCUGGAACAUAUCUUGAUCAACUCCUCGCAGAAAAGGCUAGCAAGAAGAAAAGAAAGCAGCAGCAG